CUAUGAUUUUUUUUUUCCCCCUAUAAAUACACUUACCACCUUAUUUGAAUGGACAACACAAAGUAACACAGAGCACUACUAGCUAUAUAUCCAAUUUAAUCAAAACUCAUUAGAAAUGGCUUCACAUAGCUUCUUCUAUCUCCAUGCCCUAGUCUUGUUUGCUCUUGCAAGCACAGCCUUCUCAUCCCCACUCUCUCCUUGUUACUAUAACAAAGUCUGCCCCAACGCUUUGCCAACCAUCAAGCAAGUUGUGGAGGAUGCAGUGCAGAAAGAGCGACGUAUGGGCGCUUCUUUAAUGCGUCUGCACUUCCAUGAUUGUUUUGUUAAUGGCUGUGAUGCUUCAAUUCUUCUAGACCCGACAUCCACCAUUGAUAGUGAAAAGAACUCGAUUCAUAAUGCAAAUUCUGCUAGGGGAUUUGAAGUCAUUGACAAGAUCAAAUCGGAGGUAGACAAAGUUUGUGGAGGUCCAGUGGUCUCUUGUGCUGACAUUUUGGCAGUUGCAGCUCGUGACUCUGUGGUCUUGCUAGGAGGACCAACAUGGAAGGUGCAACUAGGGAGGAGAGACUCAACCACUGCAAACAGGACUGCAGCCGACAAUGACAUUCCAGCACCAUCCAUGGACCUUCCUGCACUUAUCAACAACUUCAAGAAGCAAGGACUUGAUGUCAAAGACCUAGUCGCGCUCUCCGGUGGUCACACCUUAGGGUUUGCUCAGUGCAGGGCCUUCAGGGACCGCAUUUACAAUGACACCAACAUUGACACUGCAUUUGCUGGCCAGCGUCGGUCCACAUGUCCACGCAGCAGCCCAUCCGGCGACUCCAACCUUGCUACUCUUGACCCCACAGCUGCGCUCUUUGACACCAAGUACUACUCCAACUUGGUGAAGAAGAAGGGGCUUCUACAUUCUGAUCAGGCACUGUUUAAUGGUGGUGAAACUGAUGGACUGGUGAAGAGCUAUGUCACAAAUGCUGGUGCUUUCUCGACAGACUUUACAAACUCUAUGAUCAAAAUGGGUAACAUAAAGCCAUUAACUGGGAAGAAAGGUCAGAUUAGGUUGAACUGUAAGAUGGUGAACUAAAAAUGGUUGGAGCUGCUGACACAGUCUAUAUAUAUUUUUAUUCUUUUUUGUAACCAAUAAAACUGGUUGAUUUUUAAAUUUUUUUUUUUUUUCAAGAAA